GAAGAGGAAAGAGGAGUUUUGUUUCAUUUUGUGCACUUUUUAUGGAACCUUUCCUCAUGUUAAACUCUAGGCUCCCUUAAAUUCUAGGGGCUUACCUAGAGUUUUUUUUAAUACCUUGGUUGAAACAUAGUAAGAAAAAUGGGUUACGACAUUGAGCGUUUUGUUGGUUAUGUCAAUGAAGGACUGUUGUGCUGCAUCUGCCAAGGUGUUUUGAAAGACCCUUUACAGGCUCCUUGUGAACAUGCUUUCUGUGCCUCUUGCAUUCAUGGAUGGUUAGUUUAUCACAGCAACUGCCCUGAAGAUAGGCAAACACUUAAUAUGUCAAUGCUUCGACCUCUUUACAGAUAUAUGCGAAAUGAUCUAAAUCGACUCCAGCUUCACUGCAGAAAUGGAGAACGUGGCUGUGAAAUGGUUUGCUCUUUAGAAUCAGUGGAGCAGCAUGAAAGGGAAUGUGAAUAUGGUUGGAUAUCGUGCACAAAUACAGGUUGUCCAGUUCAAGUUGAACGGCGUAACUUAAGUGGUCAUUUAGCAGCAUGUGAAUUACGAAGCCAGGAAUGCCCCAAAGGCUGUGGUUACACUGUCUUUAACUCAGAAGACAUGCAGCAUAACUGCAUAGCAGAGCUGAGAUCAGAGCUAGUGAUGCUUAGAGUAGAGAUGGUAUACAGAAUGGAAAAGGCAGCGCGUGAGAUGUCAUCUAGACUGGAUUCACACAGGCAACAUAUGGUACAGAAAGAAAGUCUUCUGCAAAAUGAAGUUGUAGAACUUAAGAGACAGGUGUUCCAAAUGAUGUCCAGUGUUCAGUCUCUCAUAGGAGCUGAGAGACUGCUCCAUCAAGAGCUUGAACAGGAAAAACAGGAGUUAAUGGAACUUAAGAAGAGUCUACAGGACUGUAGGUCAACAACUGCAGAUGGAAAUGAGAAACUAACCAGCUUGCAUUCUUUGACAAGACUGGAAAGUGUGGAAAAAAAAACCCAGGGAGGUGACAGUCAUCUAAAGAAGGUGCUGCACAGUUCUUCAACCUAGGAACAUCCACAAUGGAUCUGUCACCUUAUUGCAGUCAUAUGGACUUUGUAAUAAUUUGCCUCUAAGUGUAGCAUUUAGGUGCAGUUGUUAACUAUAAAAAAUUUUGAACUUAGGAAUGGAGUUAACCUCAGAUGCUUUACUGCAUUAAAUCAUUCUCUAUAUUUUCAUGUUUAGAUUUACAUUCUAAGUACUUUUAUCCCAAAUGGAAACUAUAUUGUUUAGAAAAUUGUCUGUAUCGAUGGUUUAAAGACAUGUACUGUGCCAUAAAAUAUAUGCCUUUUAACGUACAGACCUGUUAGACGGUAUUUCUCAAUAUGCAACUGAUCAUCACUUGCAUAAUCAGUUACACUUAACUAGGUAAACUUAAUAGGAAAAUAUUCACUGUUUGCCUAACAACAUGAACAGGGCCUUAUGAGACUGGUGAUAGUUAUCAUCUCUGGAUAUGCUACAUUGCUAUAAUUUAAUUUGGCUUUAUAAUAGUGUUCCAAAUAAACCUUUAUUUAGAAAUAA